GCCUGCGUUAUUUCGCCCUCUUGCCUUCCUUCCGCGUCAAACUUCUCCAGUGAGUGCGAAAACUUUCCCUUUAUUCCGCAAGUACGUUCCCGCCUCUUAAAAAACACCAAAAGUCAUCCAAAAACCAACAACUACAACUGUCAUAAAACCAGAUCCGGAUCCAGCUGGGUCCGUUUCUUGCCCCCCCUCCCCCACGACUCCCCGUUAAAUAUUUUCAGGCGCUCGCCUUAGCGAAGCGUGGCAUAGGUUUGUUUGUGUUUUUUUGGAGAGGAGAAGCCAUGGGGCAAGCGGAGGAGCUGAUCCGAAUAGGCAGAAAGCUGGAUAAGAUGGUGUCCAGGAAGAACAUGGAAGGAGCUCUCGACCUACUGAAGAAACUGAACAGUUGCACAAUGACCAUCCAGCUGCUGCAGACCACAAGAAUUGGCGUGGCUGUCAACACAAUCCGCAAGCACUGUGCUGACGAGGAGGUGGUAACUCUGGCGAAAAUCCUCAUCAAGAACUGGAAGAGGUUGUUGGAGUCGGGGACGGAGAAGAGUAAAAAGAAAGAGAGAGACAAAGGGAUUGAUAGCCCUGGCUGGAAAACCGAAGACACCAUUUCCCACCCUGUGAAUCUCUGCAAAAGUUCUAGUGGAAAACAAAAAGACCGAGAUCCCAGAAGUGCUUCAGCUACAUCGAAAAAAUCCCACUUGGAACCUAAAAAAGAGAGAAGAGACUCCGAAGACUCGAGAUCUUCCACCUCCACUGCUGCUUCCUCCUCUUCUCCCAAGAGGCUGUCAACGGACAGGAGGGCCUCCACUGGCUCCAACCCAGCUGCAUCUCCUCCCGGGUCUCGGAAGAAUUCUACCGAUAGCAAAGAAGAGAGAUCCCACAGCAAAGCUAGGCCAGAUGUGCCCAAGACCCCAACCAGCCCCAUCACUCCGACAUUUUCAUCUUCUACCUGCUUCUUGGCAUCGUGCUACCUGACAGGAGACUCUGUCCGGGACAAAUGCAUUGAGAUGGUCUCCGCAGCUCUGAAAAUGGAUGAUGAUUACAAGGAGUUUGGAGUCAAUUGCGACAAGAUGGCAGCUGAAAUUGAAGAUCAUAUCUACCAGGAGCUGAAGGGCACCGAUAUGAAGUACCGCAACCGCGUGAGGAGCCGCAUUAGCAACCUGAAGGACCCCAAGAAUCCUGGCUUGCGCCGAAACGUGUUGUCCGGAGCCAUUCCGCCCAGCCUGAUUGCCAGGAUGACGGCGGAUGAAAUGGCCAGUGAUGAACUGAAGGAGCUGAGGAACGCCAUGACCCAGGAAGCCAUACGAGAGCAUCAGAUGGCGAAGACUGGAGGCACCACAACUGACCUCUUCCAGUGCGGCAAAUGCAAAAAGAAGAACUGUACCUACAACCAGGUGCAAACACGGAGUGCUGAUGAGCCAAUGACGACCUUUGUGCUGUGUAACGAGUGUGGGAACCGCUGGAAGUUCUGCUGAUGUUCCUUGAUGGAUGUUCCAGUGAUGGAAAGAUGAUGUCCUGUCGCAGUCGUUCAGAAGAAACUUUGAACUAUCCACUGAAGAAAUAACAGCAGGAAAGUGGAAGGGGUGCACAUGAAAGGUGGAAAUGCUGGACCCUUAGGGGUGAAUUACUUAAAAGGAGUGGUGAUGGUCUGUUGUUAAUUCAGGUGAUGGAAUGAUGCCACUAUUAGGAAGGCUGUGUUCUGCGAACAUACUGGGCAAGUGCAGAAUUUUGCUUGAGUGCGGAAUUCCACCUUCUGAGACUCCACAUUUUCGUUAUUAUAAAAAGUUUAUACCCCUUAAGCUUUGAAAUUGCAUGUGUGGGCAAUAGAUAAUGAAACUCUCUGAAGCCCGGGAGUGGAUGAAGAUUCUUUGUCUUCAAGAUAUGGCACAUCAGUAGCCUGCAAAAGGUCUUCCUUCCUCUGCCCAACUCGCAACACUUCCUUCAGAUCACAGAACCCAGCUUUUCACGACACAUAAUUUAGAUCAUUUUUUAUCAGUGUAGGAUACAGUUCUGACUGCAGCCCAUUAGCUUAUCGUGUGCUGUUGGGGGAUGACCUCUUUCAGAGGAUUCAAAUGUCAGAUGUGGCCCUCUGGGCCUCUCCAUGUGGCCCUUAGGCCUCCCCCUCAUUGUGCCUCCUUGAAUGCUUUUGCCUAACUGGAGUGUGUCUGGAACUGUUAAAUGCUCUCUUGCUUGACAAGAUAGAGGUUGGGGAACCUUUGGGUGGCUUUCUGUACAGGAGUAUGAGCCUCCUUUACUCCUAGCAGAAGAGGGAAUUUUCAGCAGACGUAGUUUCUCCCUCCCCUGUCUGACAAGCCGUCACCUACCAACAUCCCCUCAUUCCCUCUCCUAUGAAGCUGCCUCAGGCUGAGCCAGACCUUUGACCUGUCUGGCCCAGGGCUGCUUCUUGCUUUGGCUGGCAGUAGCCACUUAAAGGCUUUCCCAGCCCUUCCUACUUCCAGGGUCCCUUUAACGGUGAUGGCAGGACUCUGCAUGCAAUGCUUUGCUCUGCUGCUGAGUGGCAGUCUCCCCUUGCGUCUGGUCACCAUGGAAGCAGGAAGGUGGACACAUAAUGCUUUUUCAGAAGGGUUCCAGGCUCUAGCUCUAGGGCAGAGGUUCCAAAGUGUGGCACCUGAGGGUGCCGGUGUGCCAGCCAUUGCCUCCUAUAGUGCCCACGAAAGGUCUUUGUAAAUAUCCUGUAAAAAAUAAUAAUAAUACCACAGUACACUAGUGAUUGUUUCCUCUUCCUGCUCACUUCCUGUUUGUACAGGCUUGGCCUCUCUUCUACUAAACUCACUGCCUUAAACAUGCCCACUUGCCAGUGGAUGUCUGAUUUCCUAUCUGUUCUGAAUGGGGUGGUUGAAUGCUCUUUUAGACGUUGAGGCCAUUUUGCCAUCCCUCGGUGGCAGCCAUUUUGUGACGCGACGGGCCCCCAUGGCAGCCAUGACACUGUCUCAAGAUUUGUAAUGUACCCAUUGGCUGAAAAAGGUUGGUGACAUGUGCUCUAGGAGAGGUAGCCAUUGUGGAUGGGGUCAGUCAUUACACACGGCAGAUGGCGUUGGCUAAAGAUUAGAAGCAUCUUUCGGCAAAGUGCCCUGUGUCAGGAGCCCACUCAUUCAUUCCCCCAGUCAUGAGAAGGGAUCCCAGAGAAUUCAGUUGGAAACGGAUGUGGGAAUUUCUACUGUUUCUUGGCACAUUUAGAGCAGAAAUAAAUCCAGUGACUACAGGUGGUUUUCAUUCACAAAGUUCCUGUUUGUUUGUUCUUAAAGCCCACAAGUGACAAGUAAUUAAUGACUUUAAAAAAAAAAAUUGUUUUGACAUUUCCUGUACAUUGAAAUGGUGUGGAAAGUAAUUACAUAGUUAAUUAAAUUCAUAAUGUAAA